CCCGCCUCCUCCUUGCUCUACUCGCCUCUGCUGGCGGCGGCGAUUGCCCUUCUCGUCCUGUGGCGUGAAGUACACGAGCCUGGUCUGUCUAUCAUAUGAUGAUCUCUGGAACGAAAUACUCUCAGUAAGCCGAAAGAAUGGCUCUUGGUUGAUUUAGGAAGGUGCCCGGCCAAUUCAGAGUCCAGAACUUUUGUCUUUGGCUAUCAAGAGCGAAGGCGGAGGAUAAAAGAGACGACCUCGGCCCUCUCGUCCGCAGAAACGGCACCAACAGAUCAACCAUCAGCUUUCAAACUUUACUCUAUUGCAUCCAAAUAUUUCUCUCUUCUUGCAAUCAUGCAGUUCUCCCUCCUGGCCGUUGCGUUUUACGCUGCCCAUGUCCUAGCUGCCCCUACUCCGGCCUCUGAGAAGCGCGGUGAAGAAGGUGUCGAUGGAUACUCUCUCCGUGGUUCUUGGGUAACCGCCUACGAGAGGGAUGUUGAGAAUGCUAAGAGAUCCGAGGAGGGUGUUGACGGCUACUCCCUGCGUGGCUCCUGGGUGACUGCUUACGAGAAGGCCAAGAGAGCCGAAGAAGCUAAGCGCGCUGAGGACGGCGUUGAUGGAUACUCCCUGCGAGGUUCUUGGGUUACUGCCUAUGAAAAGGCCAAGCGUGCUGAGGAAGCCAAGCGGGCCGAAGAGGGUGUUGACGGAUACUCUCUUCGAGGCUCUUGGGUAACUGCUUAUGAGAGAGACGCUGAGAAUGCUAAGCGAUCCGAAGAGGGCGUUGACGGGUAUUCUCUCCGUGGCUCCUGGGUCACCGCCUACGAGAAGGCUAAGAGAGCCGAGGAGGCCAAGCGUGCCGAAGAGGGUGUCGAUGGAUACUCUCUCCGCGGAUCGUGGGUCACUGCCUACGAGAGAGAUGCUGAGAACGCCAACUAG